AUGUAUGAACCAAGACAUGGAGAGCCUGCCUACAAGCAGCUGGUAAGACCCCAGCAGCACAGGAUCCAAGGAAACUUUCAAAGAAUUGAGAUCCAUCAAUAGCCAGCCAAAUCCCAAGUCUUGAUGACUCCCAGAGCACGGUCCCACAAUUGACAGUAGUUAUGUGGAAGAGGAAAAUUGAGCAGGUGUAGUUUGCACAACAAGCUGUCAUUCCCUCUUCCGCACGAUUAUUAACAGUGCAAGAGCCCUGCCGUCUUUUGCAACUGACCACAGUGGUUCAGAGUGUGAGUACAGCAUCCUCUUCUUCGGAAAGGCCUUUUCCUUUCAAAUUCUAUUUCUGAUGGAUUCAGGGACUCUGAGAUCGUGUUAGAGGGUUUCAAUAACUGAGGGGUCAGGAGCUGGGUCACAACAGCGCUGAGGGUAAGCCUAAAAGCUCCUGGUGUCACAUAACCCAAGCUGGAAUUGCAGCAGUUACCAAUGCUGAAUCUGACAGCACUUGGUGUUUGGGAAGAAACACCUUGAAUAUGACCACCUUACUUGACUGCAUCUUGCUGUCAGCAAUUCCUCUACACUGCACCCAGUUCAAUACUACUACUACUACUACUACUACUACUAAUAAUAAUAAUAAUAAAUUAUUACACACACAAACACACACCGCCCAUCUGGCUGGGUUUCCCCAGCCACUCUGGGUGACUUCCAACAAAACAUUAAAAAUACAACAAAACAUCAAACAUUAAAAACUGCCUUCAGAUGUCUUCUAAAAGUCAGAUAGUUGUUUAUUUCCUUGACAUCUGGUGGGAGGGCAUUCCACAGGGCAGGCACCACUACCAAGAAGGCCCUCUGCCUUGUUCCCUAUAACUUCGCUUCUCGCAGUGAGGGAACUGCCAGAAGGCCCUCGGCGCUGGACCUCAGUGUCCGGGCUGAACGGUGGUGGUGGAGAUGCUCCUUAAGGUAUACUGGGCCGAGGCUGUUUAGGGCUUUAAAGGUCAGCACCAACACUUUGAAUUGUGCUUGGAAAUGUACUGGGAGACAAUGUAGGUCUUUUAGGACUGGUGUUAUGUAGUCCUGGCGGCCACUCCCAGUCACCAGUCUAGCUGGAUUAGUUGUAGUUUCCGGGUCACCUUCAAGGGUAGCCCCACGUAGAGUGCAUUGCAGUAGUCCAAGCGGGAGAUAACUAGAGCAUGCACCACUCUGGCGAGACAGUCCACAGGCAGGUAGGGUCUCAGCCUGCGUACCAGAUGGAGCUGGUAGACAGUUGCCCAGGACACAGAGUUGACCUGCACCUCCAUGGAUAGCUGUGAGUCCAAAAUGGGCACAGUUACCCCAUUCAAGACCAGGGAGGCUUCCACACCUGCCCGCCCCCUGUCCCCACCCCCAAACCGUACUUCCAUCUUGUCAGGAUUCAACCCCAAUCUGUUAGCCACCAUCCAUCCUCCAACCGCCUUCAGGUACUCACACAGGACCUUCACCACCUUCACCAUGGCUUUGACAUUUGCAGCUCUUGCUUGGCCUUGUGCUUCCAGUCCCUUGCUUCCCUGUGUUUCUCUUAGGGCGCCUCCAGACUGCUUAAUAUUUUGUGAGACAUUUAGGUUGCAAAAAUUGAAGCAGUCUACCCUCUAGCACAACAAAUCCAUUUUGAAAAAGAAAUGGACUGUGGAAAGUGAUGGGGAAACACUUUGAAAAGAACAAGAUAAAUGCAUGAUGAACAGGACAGGACAUAAAUGCUCGUUGUUCUUGCAUAACCCAUGCAAACAAAUCAGAAUGAAUGCUCAAUAAACACCGGAUAUAAACUAACUUCUGUGUAUGCUUUGUGCAAGCAAACCAGGAUGCAUGUUAAAUAAAUAGGUCAUCCAGGGGGAGCCCUCUAUUCCCACAGUCCUGCUUUUCUCCAGAUUUCUUGACACCACAUUCCUCUUAAGGAGUCAGGAUUGCUUCAUGCCUUACUUCCUUGCUCUGAGGCUUUCUAAAUGGAGAGGCAACUUAUAAAUGUUAAAAGUAAAUUUAGAAGGUAAAUAAUUUCCCCGUCUGCUGCAAGUACUCAUACUUCUGUUGGUAAAAGUAUGUGAACUGAAAUGCAAAGUGUCUAUUUUCUUCCUGCUUCGCACACUGGAGAGUUGAAACAAGUACACUGAGUCACCACCAUGCCAAUGGCAGCAGAAGUGACACGUGGCACGACAUAGAGGGGCUGUGAUCAUAUUGCUCGUCUGUGUUCCCCUCCGAGCCCCAGAACCUUUCCACGCCCAUUCAUCUCACAGAGCUGCCGGCCAAGUUCUGCAGAACUGCAUGCCCCAACCAACCCAUCUCUUACUAGCUUGCAGCCGAUUGCCCUUAAAUGCGCGAUUUCAAGCAUGUAACCCAUGUAGCUUUUUAUGCAGGUAGCAGCAAUGCUUACAACCCAGAGGAAGGAGAGUGAUGUGCAGAGCUGGUCCCCUGCUUGGUAUCUGGCCCCAGGUUGAGGUAGCUGUCGUGGGAGUGCUGAGGUGCACUUUUCUCUCUUCCCAGCCUUGCCUGGGCUGGUGCUAUCUGAGACUCUUGGACUCCGAGAUCCCGUUGACUAUUAAUAACCCCAGGAUGUCUGUGUGAGCAGUGUCUCCAAGAGUCAAAUUCGCAGCACUCCACAUCAGCACUUUGUGCCGUGCAGACCCUGAGCAGGGAGCGUGUGGGCCCCAGGAUACCCAGGGGGGGUCAAGAAGAGCUACUAAGCCUCCUGCAAGACCAAGCAAGCGAAGAACGCCAGACACACCAAGGUCUGCUCUUGCUGCUGGAGGCUCUGCGGAGUGGCCUGUGCAUGCGUGCCUGAGGUGAGUGCCUCCACAAGGUGAUGGGGAGCCGGGAAAGGUAGCUAGGAGGGACGAAACAUUAAGAGAGGGGGCGGAACAAAUGGUGGAAAGUCUGCAUUGCAUAGCAGUGCGCUGCCUGGCAGUGGGGUAAGGGGUUAACAGGCAAAGCAGGCGGAAAGAAGUACUUGCACCUGUGAGCCUGAGACCCCUUUCCUCCCUAAACGCUCCCGGAACCACUAAAUCCAGUGGACCCUCUUUCCUACACUAGAAAAGCAAAGUCCUGCUGAAGUCCCGCUCUUGGGGACAAUGACCAUUACAGAGAUCCCUUUUUCUUGAAGCGAUCCACUCAAAAUUGUCACCGCCGGCACUGGCAGCUUCAGCAGUCUUAAGUUACCAUCCAGGACAUUUGGGAAGGCUGCCAACUCUCCCGUUCCUUUCGUGGCCUUACUAAAUGUCAAAAUAGAUCAGCUCUUUCUCUUGGAUGUAUCUCAGUAUACUGCACAUAAGGGUGUUUCCUCCCAUGUUUCCCCACUUACUAACUUAUCUCACUAAGUAAUACUACAGCAGAAGUUCUUUCCCAUUCCCCAUGAGGUCAGGUAGUAGCACCAAUGCCUUGCCAGCUAGUUUCUGCUCCUUUUCUCUAUCACCGGAGCAGCUGUCCAGGGUCUUGCCAAAGUAUUCAUACGGGGCAUUUAAUUGCCACAUCAUCUGCCCUUGAUUUGGAGAUAUACACAUUUGGCAACUACAUGACAUGGAGUUCACACUUGUCGGAUGGAUCCCAGUUAGAAAGAAAAGUGUGGAAAUCAGUAAAUAACUCCAUUCCAGAAGACAUUUUGUUGACCUGUAGGGUUCUCAUUUGCUCUGGCCAAGGUGCUACACAGCAACAAUCAGCCUUCACUUCUCACCUCCAACUGUUCAAAAUGGAAUUUUAAAAAAUACCGUAAAAACAGUUUUAAGAUGAAGGAGCUCUAGCCCAGCCUGAGCUCUUGGGCUCAAAUGAGGAAUUACAGGGUGAAAUGUGUUUUGUCUUUUGAUACAAGAGUAAUGCUGUCCUUUGCCCUUGAAAUCUAAGAAUAAUGAAUGAAAAACCUUGCUUGCAAUGGAUACAUUUCACAAAUCCUCUCAGUUUAAUGCCUGCAAUUCUGUACUUUUAAUCAGAGACUGGAGAACAGAUGGCAGAAACAGCAGAAUUUAGAUGUCCAGCUAGCUGAUUCUUCUUCUGCUUUAAAUAGAAGGUGCAAUCAGCUCCCUGGACAGCUAGAUUCUACCAGUUAUGCCAUCUGUCAAAGAAGUCCUACCUAUUUUGUCAUGGCUGAGAGUUUGGGGUGCAAUUGCCAGAACUCUCCCACAUAAAUGUAGAAGCAAUUAAUUUUAAUGAUGGCUAGCAAAUGAAUGUAACAAAUUCAUCUGUUGAAUUCCUUGUCUCAGACAUUCCUCAUCUUGCCAAGGGAAAAACUGGGAGACAAAAGGGUGAAUUAGGAUUGUGUGGUGAAAUAAUAUCCCUGUGCUUUUGUUCCUACUGGUGCAAGUAACUUCUGCAUUAGCAAAAACAAAAGUAAUGGAAGGGGUUUUCCUAAGCAAUCGUUUUUUUGAGAAAAGAACUUUCUAAGUUUCAAGAGAUUGUCCUCUAUCUAUAUUCAACCUUCAAAGUGUACAACAAAAUACAACAGCAGAUUAAUUAUCAUUUUAUUGCAUUGAUUAUGAUUAGGAGUGGGUGAAUAAUUCCAUUUUGGUUUUUGUCAGUGUCUCAUUUUUCCAAUCUGAGCACAGUUCUCGACAUUUCCACAUCAGUUUCCAUUUUUAAAAAAAUCUCAUGAACAUUCAUCAGCAUUUUAGUGCAAAUUUCUCCUCGUAUACACAUUUUUGUAUGCAAUUUUUGCCUAAGGCAUUUUUGCAAAGCAUUUUAUUUUCCCUAAUAGUUCUAUUUCUCCAAAAAUAAUGCAUUUUUGAAUGUUAUUUUCACUGAUAUAUCCAUUUUCAUGCAUAUUUUAUCUCAGUAUGUGCACUUUUGUACACAUUGCUUGGCUGGCAAACUGCACUGCAAAAUUCAGAGACGUGUGAAUUUUGAACAGUUGCAUUUCCGUUCACAUAUUGUUUUGUAAAAUGUGAAUUAGGCAGAUUCGCCUUUGUUUGUGAACUGAAUUGAACCUAUACCUACCUUGUAGGAAUGUGGCACAUAGGUAAAUAGAUCCAUUUCUACACAGUCUUUCAAAAAUGUUGAGGUUCUCAAAGGCAAAAUGCAGUAUACAGAGACCAGAGCAGCUGCUAAGGAAAGCAGAGAACACUGAUUGGUGAGAUUCUGGGAAACAUAUAAGAAAAUUUAAAUUUCCAACGAAUGCUUGUGAUGAUCAUGAUUUGGGGGCAAUGAUUUGCUUACUUUAAUGGAGGAACCCCUGCACAAAACCUUUGGCUAAUAUGGUGGCUGCUUGCUUCAUGGGAGAUGAGACACAAUUUCUGAAAGGAUGUGAAAAAUAUAGGAAGGAGUGUGAUGGCUGGGAGGAUCACAAGAAGAGUUUUUUGCCCAGGUAUGAAGUUGGCCAGUCUCUUUAGGCAGCCAUAUAGGGAGCAGCAGGAAUAGGCCUGUAGAAGUGUGGGUACCAUUGGCAUAGGGAAAUGUCAGAGGGAUGACCUGGGUGCUAAAUUUAGGCUGUUCGGUAAGAAAUUUGGGACCUCCAUGGUGGCUUUCUCUAAAUAGACCUCCUGUUCCCAAAUAGGAGCAGUAGGGCAAGCAGAGGUUCUGAUGAUCAACGGAUUAACAAGAAACCAGUAGUUCUAACAAGUACAUUUUUUUCCGCUAUUAACAAAGGAAUAUUCUGUGCAGGAAAGAGAUUACAAGCCAGCAAUGAAUUUAGAACUAAAACAGAAUGGAACUGGGCAUUAUGAUACUGAAACACUUGAAGAAGUAGUUGCAAAUUAGAGAGUGGUGUGGACAUGAACAGAUUUUGCGGGGGGGGGGGGGACUCACGACGAAAUUGUUAAAUCUAAGCAGGCCCUGGAGGUCACACAAAAAUUCCCACAGUGCCAUUUCCUUGAAUAAAUUGGCAGCCCCCUAUAGCUGCCUUGAAGUUGGGGGGGGGAAGGGGGUAGAUCUAAAUUAUGGUUCUGCUGAAACCUAAUUUGGCUCUUGGACAGGGAGAGCGAGAUUAAAAAUGUCUCUUAACAAUUAAACUCCCUGGGGACUUCUGGUCAAAUCAUCACCUUCUCUGUCUAAUCUAUGAGGCCACCACUUUCCUGAAGCUAAGCAGAUCUAACCUCCUGGGAACCACAUGUAUGACACUUCGGGCUCCAUUACAGAAGGAUGGGUAAAAUGCAAGUGUAAGAAAAUGGCCGCUUACUCAGUCUCUGGGUGGGCAGCAGUUGCGGAAUUCCGCCAGCCAGCUGCAAAGAAUGGUGGGAUGAUCCACCACCCCUAGAUUUCAAAUUGGCCAUCAGGUAGCGAGAGGGCCCAGCUAUAAAGGCCAGCUGCAUCCAAGUUUCGGACCGUAUUCAGAUCCGAGAAGGAAUUUCCUGCAAACAAGAUUGACCCUGUUUGGAGGUUUUGCCUUCCUGAUAACAAAUAGUCACAACUUUUGGCAGAUAAGGCUUUGGGUGGAAUCCUUUAGUCUAAUAUCGGGUUGGUGUGAAGUGGUGCAUCACCUCUAAUCCAAACUGGAGCAAUCGCAGGGUACUCCAUUAGAGGGGUCUAGUGAGAGCUCUGUCCAGAAGCCAAGCAUGGGGCACCUAUGUAGACCCAUGUUUUGAGGAAGUCCCAUAAUCUCAGGCACGACCCCACUCAAACAUCUGUCACCCAUCUGGAGGCUGAAAUUGCAUAUGCACCCAAUGACUGAGCCAAAGCCUACCUACAACUAUAAAAGUUAUGGCGAGUUUUAAAAUCCCAGAAUGUUUUCUUGUUCAGUUUGUUACACAUAAACAUUGCCUAGGCCUUUGCUGCCUGGAUUGGGGGUCACUGUGAGUAGGUCCGCUAUAGCAAUGCAGGCAAAGAGUAUUUCAGUGGAAAACAAGCAAAAUUACAUUUGAGUAGAAAUAUAGGAUUGUGAUGCCAACGCAGAAGUUUGACAACUGUCAAAAACUGAGGUGUAACUAAUGUAGUCUUAAUAGGGUACCCAAACGUUAGUGAGGUGAUUAUGAGGAAUAGGCCUAACCAAAAUAAGCUCUAUGUGCUGUUGUUUUUUAAAUCAAUGUAACAGAAAGGAAAGUGGACAUAUGCUGGACCUUUGCCAUUGGGCUACUAAAUGUGGAAGUUUAUUGGUGCAUUUUUUUUCUGGUGGCUGGCUUGUCAUGUGUGUGGUGGUAUUUCAGUGGGUGGUCCCUUUUGCCACACCCUUGCUUCCAUUUGCUUUCCCCUAAGAACAACCUAACGGGACGUGGGUGGCGCUGUGGUGCAAACCACUGAGCCUAGGGCUUGCCGAUCAAAAAGUCGGUGGUUCGAAUCCCCACGAUGGAGUGCGCUCCCGUUGUUCGGUCCCUGAUCCUGCCAACCUAGCAGUUCGAAAGCACGUCAAAGUGCAAGUAGAUAAAUAGGUACUGCUCUGGCGGGAAGGUAAACGGCAUUUCCGUGCGCUGCUCUGGUUCGCCAGAAGCGGCUUAGUCAUGCUGGUCACAUGACCUGGAAACUGCGGACAAGCGCCGGCUCCCUCGGCCUAUAGAGCUAGAUGAGCGCCACAACCCCAGAGUCUGGACCUAACGGUCAGGGGUACCUUUACCUUUGCCUUUUUAAGCACAACCUAAUCAUAAAUUUAACAUGCUAUACAUAUACCAUGCUCUUUGCCCCUUCUGUUCCCACCCCAAUAUAUAUUUUCCCCUUGUAGCUCCACUUGUAAGGAGCAGAUUUCACUCAUUUCCCUCUUGUGUAAUCUACACAUAUGGCUACGCAUAGGCAGUCCAAUGGAAGAAUGGAAAUCACUUAACUGUUGCAGUAGGGGGCUAAUCCUGUCCCAUGUUCGUCUUUAUUUGUCUUGGCCUCAGCUUAGGGUAUUUUGAGGGUAGGGAGGGUAUAUGUCUUACCAGCUGCCAGCUGUGCCUUUGACUGGGGAUGUGGACAGAGUUUGCACUUUUUGAAAUCGCUUACAAAAUGUCACGCAAUUCGCUGUUUUGUGCCCCCAAGCACAGUGAGUGAGAUUCUUCGAGAAAUCGCAGGAUUAUAGUGCUCUGCGUGGUGGUGGUGCUUUUUAAAAUGAAAAAUCUUUUUUUCCAUAAUGAAUUCUGCUAUUCUAGCUUCCCGUUAUACAAGUAAUCUCCUGGACAUAUGGCAAGUAGGGUGGUUAUUAUUAUUAUUUUUAAAGAAAACCUGUUAAAAUUCCCAGAAAAGCUCCCCCCUUUUUUGGGGGGGUGUUCCCAAAGAAAGCUAAACAACUUUGACCCCCAACUUUGUCUGGAUUUCCACUUUGGGGGAUAUAGCAGCCCAACAAAUAUGCAAGAUUACGUAAACCAAAACCAUGCUAGAAUUUGUGGCUGGAAUUCAUGUUGAGAAACAUACAGUCUGUCAAAGUUUUUGAAAACAAUUAUGAAUUUUGUACAAUUUUUUUUUACUCUUUUUACAUCAGAUGUAUCACAUUUAUGAAAGAGAACAAGGUGUAAAGUGGGAUGGGUUCAAUAACGUGAGAAAAAUGAAUGAAAUAAGACAACAUUACAAAUCGCAUCGUUAUUGAUAACUGAAACCAGGAAGAAUAGAACAUUGAUAACUUAAGCGAGAAACACAUGGGGAUACAUACUGCAGACUAACCUGCAUCUCUGGAAUACCUGAAACAGCCAGAAAUCGUUAGUGGCAGAACUAAUUUUUUUGCUCAAGUCAAAUCUGCCCAUUUACCAACAUACAUUUUCAUGAGCACAAUAUACCGAUAGAUACUCCCAUUGUUAAAAACAAAACAAAACACCUCCGAGAAAAGCACUAUGAAUAACUAAUGUCAUUCUGUUGCAGUAUAGAUGUGACCUUUAAAAAAAAGCUAUGCUUUUAAGUAAUAGAUUUAAGUAAUCUGAUAAUAUGUAAACUAAUCAUCAGAUUACGUUUCUGCCAUACAGCAUGUUGUAUCAACUUCUAUUGAACAUUGUUGAACAGGUUUCUAACAAUAUAUCUGGAACAUUUAUAUGGUCCAGUGUUAGCAGAGAAUCUUCCUUAGCUUCUUCAGCCUAGAAAUUAAUAAAGAAGCUUCCUGGUCCUUUCUGUCCUCCUCAGGGACAUGCCACAUUAUCAAAUUAUUUGUUUUGAUUUACUUUCCAAAUCUGCAGCCUACACAGUUAUCUUACUGAAUAAAAUCUCCUGCACAGCUUAUUCAUCACUCAAUUUCAUUUGUUGUUUUGCUACAUCCUUCUGUAUAUUAUCAUAAUUAACAAAUAUAGUUCUCUGUACUGAGGUGACUCGUCUGUAGACCAAAGAUCUCAGAACCUCAAUGAACCUCAAACAUACUGAACAGCUGGGUACCAGGUCAUGAAAUUUCCUGCUGGCACUUAUUAUUAUUAUUAUUAUUAGUCACCCAUCUGACUGGGUUGCCCCAGCCACUCUGGGUGACUCCUAACAAAAUAUUAAAAAUGCAAUAAAAUACUAACCAUUAACUGCCUUCAGAUGUCUUCCAAAAGUCAUAUAGCUAUUUAUCUGUUUGAUAUCUGAUGGGAGGGUGUUCCAUAAGACAGGUGCCACUACCGGGAAGGCUCUCUGCCUGGUUCCCUGAAACUUCACUUCUCGCAGUUGGGGAACUGCCAGAAGUGAUUGCUGAAACUGGCCAAAACUGCAAAAUAUGCAGCCAGAAUGAAAAACAGGUCAUGUGCCAUCAUUGUUCCUUAGGGUUUGCUGGGGCUGCGAAAGAUUCCAGAAGCAUCUGUGUGGACUGGCCCCUUUUGUCUUGAGAGAGGAAGUUGGUAGACACCUUUUCUAUAUAUGCCAGAAGGGGGAAGGGAUUAGCAAACGAAAGAAAACUCCACUGUGAAAGAGGCAACAGCUCUCUGUAUUUAACCUAACACGAAUGAGAAGUUCAUUUACACUAUUCUAUUCUCGUACAGAAACAGCAUGCCUCUUGCAGGAACCCCGGCUCCCAAUAAGAAGAGAAAGCCUACUAAACUCAUUUUAGAACUAACCCAAGAAGGUAAGAUGUAUGUGCACCUGAACGCAGACAUAAAAUCCUCUCUGAGCACUUCCUCCCUAGAGUAUCUGUGGAGUGCCAAACAGAGAACAAGCACAGAAGCUUCUAUGAAAAUGAAGAGUCAUGAGUGGUUAGGUUACGGCUUAUGUAGAAGGACCACAACAGUCUCCUGCUUUCUAGAAUAUUUACAGAGCCAAAGGGCUCACCCCAAAGAGCCAAACUGUAUGUGAUGCAGUUCGUCUCAAGUUUUUUCUUUUUCUUUUACAAGAUGGAACCCACAAGCAGAAGAAUGGCACAGUGAGGGACACAAUGGCUACCCAUAUUUUCCCAGCUGAGGAGAAAAUAUGGAUAUUUAUUUCAAUCUCUCACUGUCACUGAUGUUAAGUCCUUAGAUUUCAAGUAGCACUGCAGCAGCAAAUGUUACUUAGAUAUACACUGACCAGUGGCAGAUUUACGUAUAAGCUAAACAAGCUAUAGCUUAGGGCCCCACUUUCUUGGGCCCCCGCAAAAAAGUUCACUAUUAAUAUAUGUCUUCUUAAUUGUAUUUCAGUUCAACAAUAACUUUGAUAAAAUACAUAUUUUGUUAUGUGCAAAUGGCUUUAGAUACCUAUUAGGUCCAUAUAGCAUAUAUUCAACACAAAAAACAGUGACAAUUUGUUGUUGACAAAGGACAGCUGGACAUAUAAAGGGCCUCAUUAUCUUCAGUGGUUUAGGGCCUCAUCAAACCUAAAUCCGGCCCUGACACUGACAUAUGUGCCCCUCCUGCACUACACAUUGAAAACAGUUUUAUGCCACUUUAAACAGUCGUGUCUCGCCACAAAGAAUCCUGGGAACUGUAGUUGGUUAAGGGUUUUGAGAGCUGAAAGGAGAUUCCUUAUUUACCUCACAGAACCACAAUUCCCAGAGUUCACUGGGAGGAGGGAUUGAGUGUUAAGCCACUCUCGGGAUUGCAACUCAGAGAACUCUAGAAAAUUAUAGCUCUGUAAAGGGAAUAGUGGUCUCCUCACAAUGCUCAGCAUGGUUAACAAACUACAAUCCCCAGGAUCCUUUGAGGGCAUCCAUGUCUGUUUAAAGUUAUAAUACGUACAGUGGUACCUCGGGUUAAGAACUUAAUUCGUUCUGGAGGUCCAUUCUUAAUCUGAAACUGUUCUUAACCUGAAGCAUCACUUUAGCUAAUGGGGCCUCCCGCUGCCGCCACGCCGCUGCUGCGUGAUUUCUGUUCUCAUCCUGAAGCAAAGUUCUUAACCUGAGGUACUAUUUCUGGGUUAGAGGAGUCUGCAACCUGAAGCAUCUGUAACCCGAGGUACCACUGUAAAGCGUUAGAGGUACAGUACAGACAGGGUGGUAAAGAGUCGGGAAAGAAGUUAAUUGUUUAAUUAUCUUGCUUUGACUGGAAAACAGGCAUGGCUUGAUUCUGAAUCGCUAGUUCUUUGACUUGUUUAUGGGGGGGGGGUGCAUAAAUAUACUUGCACAAGCAAGCCGCACGAAGCUCUGAUUCAGUAUAGUAAAUGAAUGGCAGCGCCUUGGCUGAAAUGCUUCAGUAUUGCUUGAAACCUUGUCGCAUGGCCUCCAGCAUGCUGUGCACAUAGUUUAUCAGCACAGCAGCCACAGCAAGUGACUGCUGGGGUUGGGAUAUGAACAGCUGUGACCUAAGAACCAUGAGGGAUGUUAACGGUGGCACACGUUUUAGGACCAGGUGGCCUUCAAGUUUAGGGCCUCAAACAUAUGCAGAGCUCAGACCCUGCAAGGUGAGCAAAAUGGUGUUGCUCCGAUUGUGUGGCGUAUAACUGGGCUCAUCCCAGCUCUGUACUGCGGAAACAUCAACAAAAUCACAGAGGUUCCGUUGUUACAGUUCUCAUGGUGGAUUCCUGCUGAGGAAGCAACAAUGGAAUCCAUGAGAGGCAACCGGGAUUGCUGCCUUAGAAAUGAAAUGUUAACAGCCUGUUUUGUUUGUUUAUGUUUGUAUGUGGUUGGGAAAAUUAAAUAAAAAUAUUUCCUUUUAAAAAAUGGCGAAGACCAAAAAUUGGCUUCUGCUGGCUUCCUUGGUGUCAGGGCUAGCGUACAUUAGAAUUUCUAAUGAGCAUAAUCUGCCAAUUUCUGUUUGGAUUAGGAUGGAAAUCAUCAAAAGUAAAAAAAAACCCAGAGAUACAGAGACUAAGAAUUCUGCUGUCAGGUGUGCAAAUGCCAUGCCCAUUUCCACUUGCCUGAGUCAAACAUCUGUUCUGACAAUGACCCAUAGAGAUCAGUCCUUUUGCUCUGUCUUUUGACACCCGAUAUCUGCUGUAAACGGUGGAAGUGGACAUGGCGAGAGAGUUCCGAUCUCCACUUCAUAGAAUAAGCAACUGAGGACGACAGGUUGGCAUGAAGUAAUUUUAGUUUGUAGGCUAGUGUUAUUGCUUCUCAAAGGUACCGCCAACCCUGCUUGAUGCCACCUGAGUGAUAUUGCCAUUAACUGAGAAAGAACCAUUUGUCUGUGAUAGCUGGUAGUGUGUAAAGAUGGGUGAAGUUGCAGGGUGAGUAGAACAAAAAACUGAACAUGUUCAAAACUCAGUGGUGCUUGCUAAGCAGGACAGAUAGAAGUAAACAUGGUUAAGACUCUAAAUGUCACUUCCGGGAUAGCCAGAGGAAAUGUCACAUUGUACAGAUACUUUCUUCCAUUGUGGGGCUAUCUCUGCUCUCCACAUAAUACCACCCAUUACACAGCCCCUUCCUACCACGUCAAACUUAUUGCUUAAGCUUGGCUGGCGAUGGCUUCUUUGCUGCUGCUCUUCCUCCUCCUCUCUAGCUCUCAGGUAAUCUCACUCCCUUUCUACUUCUUCCUCCUGCAAAAUUUUCUCAGCCUCAUUCCUUUUAUGACCUCCUUUGUCCCUUUCACACCCAUUAACUCUGAUAGCCUGGAUCCAGGGGUCCCACCCUUGCUCUCUCCUCGGUCAACUGUUUGGUAUUCCUGUCACUCCAGCUGUUCUGGGCCUGCCAGGGUCCCUCAUCCCCUUGGCUCUGGGCUUCCCUGUUCUCUCCUGGCUUGGUCUAUCCCUCAUCUUGACUCCUUGUGGUCCUCCACUUGCCCUCCAUCCCCACUGCUUCUGGAACGCAACCAUGGCCAGCAUGGUCUUCCACAGGGAGAAAACAACACACAGUUGCUGAGGAAAUAGCAGAUAACAAAACCUUGUCUGUUAUUUCCCCCUUCGUUGGAAGAUCAUAACAACUGCUUUUGAUAUGACAACAUGUGGCUUUUCUGGUCAUACUUCUUACAUGAAAGAAACAUGACUAGAAAAGGUACCAUUGUGUGCAUUACAUGUACAGUAACAAACUGUUUGCAAGGACACACAAUUUGAUGUCAAUAAUGUAGGAAUUUUUACAGGGCAAGAUUGAGGCUUUUUGUGUGUGUCUUUUUGGUGAUUAGUAACAAGAUGGUGGCCAUUCAAGACCACUAUUUGUUUCUUCAUUUAUUUACUUAUUUCACUCAUUUCCUUUAGCAAUAAUACUUGCAAGGUAGUCUACAAACCAAAAUAACAAUGCUACCAAUAAAAUAACAAUAAAACUAUAAUUGAAAUCAAAUUAAUCAAAAGAAACAUACCGACAUAGUAAUAUAUGCUUGAGUCAGGAGAAAACAUGCACAAAAGUAUUGUAAAAUAGAUGACAUCGGUGUUAUUUUUCUAGAAAAAGAGGUGUUGAAACUUACAAUGAACACUUCCCUCAUUCUCUCAGAAUGGCAAUGGCGCCCACCUGACAGGUGCCAGAACUGAGUUCUGGAGAGUUCCGGCUGAAAAAAAAGUCAUUAAUAACCUAUUCAGAAUCUAUUUAAAAGCAAUGAGAGUUCUCACAGAAGGGGAUUCAACCAUAGCAGAGCUGCUCCUGAAAAAUCCUUGCCCCUGUGUCCAUUCAUCUAAUCUUUGCUAAAAAUGGGUCAGAGAGCAAGGCCUCAGCAGCUGAUUUUAAUGGCUGAGGUAAGUUUGUGUUUGCGGAGGAGAUCCUUCAAAUAACUUUUGAAAGGUUAAAACCAGCACUGAAAUGACUCGUUGUUAACCAGCAUAGUUGUGGUACAGAAUCACUAACUGCCUUGUUCAUCUCAGCAAGUUGGAGAGCCGGAGUUUGAACCAACUGCGCUCUCCAAACUGUCUUUAAAAGCAGCUCCACUUGGAAAGCAUAAUUGUAGCCCAGUCUAGAUGCGACCUGUGCACUGUGGAGGCUGGUCCAUUUGGGUGAAUGGGGGCACUGCUCCAUCAGUCUUGCUCUCAGCCAGCUGCUACCAGUUUCUUCCAACCACUCCAAGGGAUGGCACUGCCUGUCUGCUUCCUGCUCCUCCUUAGUCUCAGUACCACCUUUAUGUAACUCAACAAGGAGGAGUAAGGUGACUAAAUCUUGACCGUCAUUGGCUCUGGUUCCACCUACUGCAGAUUUCUUUAAAAGGCUGUGGGGAUCAUACCCUGUUAGAAACAACACAGGUUAGGGCAACAACGCAGUUGGUAGGCCGCAAACCUUCAAGCAGUCUCCUCAGGAAGCGAACGCUUGAAACCUAACUGGGCGGUAUACCAUAUACACUCCUGAUACAGGUGAAAUCAAAGUCAGAGUGGACUCGAAUGAUUUUUCUCUGCAAAAAGUAUCGAAAACCUGUCACAACAGGCCACUGAUAGCUCCAUCAGCUGCUCCCUUGGGCUUGGCUGCAAUAAAACCUUCACCACUCUGAAAAACGUCAGCUGCUUGGCACUGUGCAAAUGUGUGUUCCCAAGCCUACAUUUUGCCAAUAUAAUGGGAAUGGAAUCAAUUAAACAAUAUUUACAGAAAGGAAAGAAGGGUGCUUACCCCCACCAGCACAUGGGGAUUCUCUCUUACCUUACAAUCCUACCACCCAGGUCAUUUAAGUUCUUCUUACCUAUUAUUAAAUUAUCAAGGGCCCAUAAUUUCCCUUCAGAGAAGGCCAAUUCCACCAGUCCUACUUUAUAGGCUUUUUGUUUUUUAACUGCUCUGGUUUGGAGGAAUGAAGAAAGAGGUCAAAAUGUAGGUUUCUUGUAGUUGUAACGUUGUCCUUGUUGUACACCUUCAGUCAUGCCACAAGAAGGGUCCAAGCUGAACCUGGGGAAGAAGAUCAGCAUCCCCAGGGACGUGAUGCUAGAAGAACUCUCUCUCCUCACCAACAAGGGAUCCAAGAUGUUCAAACUUCGUCAACUAAGGGUAGAGAAGUUCAUAUAUGAGAACAACCCAGAUGUGUUCACCGACAAUUCUGUGGUAAGUAUAGAAAAGUAUAGAAAUGUGUGGUCAAUUGCAUUUGUCCAUGGUGAUCAUAGACGAAAAAGGAUACCUAGAUGGUUGUAUGCUGUCAAAAGUGCCCAAAGGCAGGACCGGCUGUGGUUCUUGGUGAAGUUUGUUUUUGUGCCUAUAUAAAAGCUGGCCCUAAUACAAAUACUGAUCUUCAAAUUCGGUGUAUACCUCCAUACAAAUGCAUGGUAGUUAAUAAUAAUUUUAAUUUUGGCAGCACUGCUGCUGAAUGAUUGGAUAUAUUCGGGAGGGGGCAUUUGAAAUCAUUUGGGAAGCAAGAUGAGGCCCACAGCUCACCAGAGCGGUUUUGGGUUAGUAGGUUGGAUUGAGAUAUAAGACAUUCAAAUUCCUGCUAUCAAGCUCAUUUGGACAGACUCAAGCUGGUCUGUCCCUCUCAUCCUAGCCUAUGGUACCUGAUCCUUUGAGGACAAAAUGGAACAAGGACCUCUUGUCUAGAGGAUGAGGCAGAAAAGCAGGUCACCUUACUAUCUCCCUCGUAUAUUAAUGUUCCAAUAAUAUUGUUUCACCUACUUCUACAAAUUGUUUGAAGUUCCAGCAGCAGUCGCUACAGGAGCUAUUUCCUUGUGAGGAGAAAGUACUGGAGAUGUGUGGCAUUUUUUGGUGAUAUAUGUUUAUUUAUAAAUAUACAAAAUGUGCACAGAGAUCUGACAACUGUGUUCCCACAUAGGAGUCUAAAACAGUGCAAGGGACCCAAAAGCAAAUAUAAUCUACCUGCUGUCCUGCCCCUGCUAAGAACAGACCCAGAUUGCUGCCUGUGGCUGAACUACAAAUGAUUUCCCUUGCUCUCAGGCAAGGUGCAUAGAGCCUAAGGCUAGGCAAGUUAUUUUAGCAUCUGAGGCAGAAAAUCCUGCGAGUGUUUCUCCUUGGGAGUAGAAAUACAACAGCAGGAACAAUUUGCUGAUCUUUCGUGACUCUCAAAAUUAGUUGCCCCACUCUGCCAAAUGUUAGGGCUGGCACUGCAACUGCAGAGGAUGAAUACCAUCCAGAAGCAAGAAAGCCACAUCACUUAAGAACAACAAGAGGGAAAAUUUACAUCAUACAUAUAUAUUUUAUUAUACAUUGUUAAUAUACGUGAUGCUAUAAAAGAUUGCUUUUAUUCUUGAAUUUGACUCACUGUGUUUGAAGUUGCUUUUCGAAGCAUACAAAGAGAAGCACAUAGGUUAUAAUGAAGCAAAUGACCCUUCCUACCAUUUUUAAAUAUAGCCGAAAUAGUUUAAUAGACCAGGGGUCUGUUUUUCAACCCAAAGGGUUGUAAUUCCUUGUGGGGAGCCUUCCAGGGGCUGCAUGCCAGGGGGAAAUCCAAAGCAUGUCCUGGAUUCACAUGUUGCCCUGUUCUUCAUAGUGUGAUAUCUCAUUAUAUUUCCUAGACCCUCCCUAAGUUUUGCAGUCAAACUAAGGAAGCAAGAGAUAGUGGCAGGCAGAGGCAAAGCUUCGCUGCUGCUUCUCAGGCCACUGAAUUCCAUGUGGCAAGCAAAGAAGGUCCUAGUCUUUCCUCCAUAUCUAAGUGCUGGGCCUUGGACAAGGGCAGCUUUUUCAAGCUACGUGCCGACCAAUAAUUGCUGGCCUGCCCACAGGCCAGUGGCGUAGUGUGCAGGGGCUCAGGGGCAAUUGUCUUGGGUGCAACAUUGUUAGGGGCGCAAAAUUUAAACACCCGGUGCUGCCUCAAUACAGCUGUGCGCUUCCGUCGCUGGACUCUGUUGUAAACAGCUUCUCCAUGCGAACCAGGAAGUGGCCUUUCCAGACAACAGAACGACUCUCCUCUGUGGCUGCAAUCUCUUGGGUGACACAGAUGCUGUUAGGCAGUUGAAUGUGCAUGCAUACCCUGUCCAUUUCCUUCCCUCCCAUCCCCCCUCCGCAGCUGCAAGGCCCCGGAUGCUGGUAACCCACGCUAUGUUGCAGACCGCCCCUGGACUCCCACAGGGCUUUUGGCUCCAGGGCAGUGCCAGAGGCUGGAGCUCCUAAUUCAGGACCCCCAACACCAUGCAGACACCGUUAGCGGUGCAUGUAGGUCGCAGACAUGAAAUAUGAUUGGCUUUAUUUUCAGUGGCUGUUGUUUUUAGCAAUGUUGGGGUGCAUACCCUCCAACAUUUCCCCAAUAAAAAUAGGUAUGUUCUAAAUAAGAAUAAUAAGAAUAUUUAUACCCUGCCCAUAUGACUGGGUUGCCCCAGCCACUCUGGGUGGCUUCCAACAUAUAUAAAAACAUAAUAAAACAUCAGACAUUAAAAAACUUCACAAUACAGGGCUGCCUUCAGAUGUCUUCUAAAGGCUGUAUAGUUACUUAUCUCCUCAGCUCAGGGGUCACAUAACUCCAUACGCUCCCACAUUUCUCCAAUGAAAAUAGAGACAUCCUACCAUAGCUUCCCAAUAUUUCUCCAAUGAAAAUAGGAACGUUCUAAGGAAAAGCAGGACUUUCCGGGAUCAAAUCAGAAACCAGAGCAGCUUCUGUAAAGACUGUCCCUGGAAAAUAGGGACACCUGGAGGGUGUGGAGAAGGGUUCAGGGUUCAGAAUCUUAGGUGGCUUCUCACUCCUGACAUAGGAGAUGCAGGCAGCAAUUCUGUCCCAAUGAGCAUAGGGAGAUUUACUUCUAAAUAAACAUGUACAGAAUUACAACGAAGCACCUCACAGGUUUUAUUUUAACUUUUUAUAGAAAUAUUACCUGCACAAGUAAGCGCAGGGUUGCUCAUCAUCAGCAGUAUCGCAGAUUCCAGCCGUUAGCGACCCGUGACAUGCAAAAAACCCCAGAUCCUUGUAGCAUUCAUUGCUUGUCAUGGAUAUAUUGAGGUUUUCAUUACUUUGCCAGCAACUGUGAAUAGUGGUUUGAGUACUGGGGAAAUGUAGUUCCCAAACAAUCUGGCAGGCUAUUUGAGGAAAGGCGUUUGACUCCCUUAUAACAACUGACUAAUUACAGAGGAUUUCAGCUUUCAUGUACAACACAACAUGGAUUUGGAGAGGUCUUAACUUCCCCCGUUUCAAACUAAAGGCUCCUUUCUACGAGGGCUGAGGACAGUGACUGAAGGCGAGUGACUGUAACUCCAGACGUGUUGUUAAUAACAUAGACUGUAAGCAUUUUGGGAAGCUCUUCAUCAGGGAGGUGGAAAUAGAAACACACAUGGUGGUCUCAAUCAUUCCCUUUAGGGCACACUGAAAAGAGCUUCAUGGCAUCUCCCCAACUCAGCAGGCCUCCUCCCCCAGUGACGUCAGGACCUUGAGAUGCCUAGCAGUUCCAUCUCCCUGAGGUGGAUCGUUUUUCAUUGCCUAGUUCUCCUGAAGCACAUAUAGAAAUGCUGGAACUAAAGAGAGCCAGAGUGCCUUGCGGCAUCAGGAAAGUUGCCGCUAUUGGGACUUCCAUGUGAGGCAGCUGAAGGGCACACAAGUGGAGUUCUCUCUCGUUGAAACAGAAGGCUUGGAUUGCACCAAACUUGAAGGUGCCCUCUGGGCUAGCCAGGCUAUUUGGUGACUAACUCAAGCCACUUUGGGCAAAUGUCCAAAGGACAUCAGUAUGCCAGCCUUUAGUGUGCAGUAGACAUUCAGCUCCUGUGCCUUGGGGUUAUUUUGGUCCUAUAUUAAAAUGGCAUUGAAAGUAACAACAAAAACAAAAGUGAAAUGUAUGGAAAUGCCCUUUCCUGAUGUCUGAAGCAACUACUUUUUACAUGAGCUGCACCACACUUGGCCCUGUGUCCCACUGCAAUGAGCACUGUACCUCACAGAACAGCAAUGAGCCAUACCACAUUGUCACUUUGCCGGGACAAACAUUUUUCUAAUGCCCCCACCAAACCGUUGCCCUCCCCAUCUCUUCUACCUUUGUGUGUGUGUGUGUGUGUGUGUGUGUGUGUGUGUGUAAAUAGAAUGUGCACACAUCUACCUUCUCACUUGUCUUCUUCACUAGAUAUCUCAUACCUCAUCUCUACCAUUCCAUCAUUCAUCAGCCUCCCAAGCUUGCAGAAAUAUAGUUGUUUUGCACAUAUAUUGGUUUUUUUGUGUGUGUCACAAACAUUUCUCCCCUUGGUUUCAUGUUCUGUGGAUGGAAGUACUCAUUUGCUCAUUUCCAUACCAUUUGCCUGUAUUCAAGAUAUUAUGAAGGGGGGGAAACCUUUCAAGAUUCAUCAGUAUCUCUUAUUAUUAUACCCAGAUAUUUAUUAAUGGGGACACCAAUUGCACUUCCGGUAUUAACCCGAAGAACUGACUUUUUGGCUUUCAAAGAAAUAAUACUUUAAAUAGGGUUUCUGUUCACCUGUCUGUUCAAGAAUUAGAACCAGGUGUUAUUGGAUUGUUGGGGGAAUGAGAACUCGGUGUAAGAUGAUGAACAGUGUGGAAAGAAGAAAUGGGUAACAUUUCCCUUGCCUUCACACAAUGCUAGAACUCAAGAGCCCCUUUCAGCCACUUCAUAUUAGGGUUAAAUAAACAUGCAAGGGGGAGCCUUGGGAACCAGCGCAUUGUCUGCACCUGCAUCACUCUCCCCAUAACUCUCUUUGAGUGGGAGGGCAAACCUGUGAACUGAGGAACCUAGGGAACUCUAGGUUCCAAAAUGUGGCGGGAGCCCUGACACGAUGGCUAGGAGUGUUAGUCGGCAGGUGUAAAUUCAGGAAAGACAAAAGUAAGGACUUAUUUGCACAAUCAAUGUAUGCAAUCCAUUGUCCCAAGAUGUAGCGAAUAGUUUGGAUGACUUUUAUUAUUAUAUAAAUUUGUGAAAGAUAGGUCUCGCAACAGCUGUUGUAUCCAUGAUCAAUUGGUCCUUCAGUGAAUAUCUUGGUGAACAGCCCAUCAUUUUAUCCCUUUUCUGUUGCCUCUGAACAAAACAUACCUAUAGCUAUUGCAGACAACACACAUCCAUAUGUCUCACCCCAUUAUGUCUUCAUAAUGCCAAUAUGGGUCAUAAUCCUGCUGGUGUCCCCCAAAACCAGUCUCUCCCAAUCAUUUUUCAUAAUAAAUGCAUUUUUCUAUGUACAAACAUCUAAAACAAUACCCAUUUUUUCCCUUUGGCUAUUUUCUGAUUGGCAUCGUUCGCUCAUGAUUUUGCAGACUUUGCCUAAAGCACAGAGAAGACUCCUCUUUGGACUUUUGUCUCUCCCUUCCACCAAGCCUGGUGUUUGGUUUUGUUAACCCUUCUUCGCUCGGCCUUUUCGAGUCACCAUCCAAAGAGUCCCUUCCUAAUUGUACUCAGGUGGAGCUCAUCUGUCCCCAGAACUCUUGGUCUCUUCCUGAACAGCAGCUCUUGGGUCACAUCCACACUAGCUAUUUAAAGCACAACACGUUGCUUAACAAACUACAGUUCCCAGGAUUCUUUCUGGGGCGUGCUUCAAAUGUAUGGGUGUGUGUGUGUGUGUGUGUGUGUGUGUGUGUGUGUGCAGCUGUAGAAAGGCCCCAGUGGAAGGCAAUGUUCCAGUUUAGUGUACCAGAUAAGCGUGUCAGAUUUCGAGCAGGAUGACCCACGUUUAAAUCCCUGCUCAAUUAUGAAGCUCUGGGGCAGUCACCAGCUCUCAGACUAUCCUACUAACAUAGUAGUUGCAGACCCUCCAAGUGUCCCUAUUUUCCAGGGGCAGUCCUGGAUUUACAGAAGCCAGUUUCUGAUAUGAUCCCGGAAUGUCCCGCUUUCCCUUAGGAUGUCCCUAUUUUAAUCAGAGAAAUGUUGGAGGGUAUGAAGACAUCUGAAGGCAACCCUGUAUAAGGAAGUGGGGUUUUUUAAUGUUUAAUUAUUCAUUAUGUUUUUAUAUCUGUUGGAAGUCCCCCCCAGAGUGGCUGGGGCAGCCCGAUGGGCGGCGGGGGUAUUAAUAAUAAUAAUAAUAUACUAUUAUUGAAUCAACCAUCCCUAUUUUCAUUGGAUAAAUGCUGGAGGGUAUGCAAGCAAAGAAUAUGUUCUUUUAAAUAUCCCACAGGCCAGAAACUAAACAACUGUUUCAAGGGCGGGGGAACAGGACUGCGUCCAUGCAAAGAUGCAGAGAACAAAAUUAAGGAAGUUGUUUACCAAGCCAUAUACAGUAUAUCUCACUGAAUGAGACCUCCAACUACCAUAUGAUAUCCCCAAUGACUUAGGAGCAGAAUUAUGUGGGCAUCUCCAUUUGUUUGAUCACCGCCAUCCUUCCAUAUAUUUUGAUCCUCUUGUGACAAGGCUGGUAAACUUGUCACCCUUCAAAUAGACUUCACCUUCCAUCCUCCUUGACCACUGGCCGUGCUGACUGAUGCUGCUCUGUGCCCUCUUUUGGUAGGAAUAUGUGGUCAAAAGAGUUUCUUUACUAUGUACCUAGGAAUUAGGAUUGUUGUGUAUGGGACGUUUUGUGAUUGGGCUAGACAGAGGCUACAGUAUUGAUGUUAUUGUGCAGCUAAGUUAGAUCAGUGCCCAGGGAUUUCCUCUUCUUCACUCUUAUCUUCCCACAUCCCCUGCUCAGUCUGGCUUUCCAUUCUCCUUGUUGAAGGCAUCCACCAAACUUUUGAGCUGUCUGUAGAAAAUCCAGGUGGUGCAUGACUGGAUCUCAGUAACUGAAAUGCACUGGAUGCAUCUCGCUGCAUGCACACUUUCUAUUUUGUACUGCAAGCACCACUAAAUACCACCAGUUUACGUGCAUGCGAUUGUUUCAAAUUGUGGGCGUAGCCAUUCUUAGAACAGCUCGGCAUUUCAGAGGAUCAAUUGUGGCUUUGUUAAGAGUGGGUGCUUUUUGCUAGCUCCUUUUGCUGGAUAAUGGGAUGCGGGUGGCGCUGUGGGUUAAACCACAGAGCCUAGUGCUUGCCGAUCAGAAGGUCGGAGAUUCGAAUCCCCACAACAGGGUGAGCUCCCGUUGCUCGGUCCCAGCUCCUGCCAACCUAGCAGUUCGAAAGCACGUUAAAGUGCAAGUAGAUAAAUAGGUACCACUCCUGCAGGAAGGUAAACAGUGUUUCCGUGCGCUGCUCUGGUUCGCCAGAAGCGGCUCAGUCAUGCUGGCCACAUGACCCGGAAGCUGUAUGCCGGCUCCCUCGGCCACUAAAGCGAGAUGAGCACCGCAACCCCAGAGUCGGUAACGACUGGACCUAAUGGUCAGGGGUCCCUUUACCUUUACCUUUGCUGGAUAAACACAAGGCUGGGGCGCCCACAAUUUUGGUAAGCACUCACAGGGACUUUAGCCUGGCAGAAGAGGAAGCAGAUGCGAGGGAGGGAAGCAGCCCAGAUGGUUGUUGGCGGCUGGAGUUUAGUGAGAAGCUGUGUUGAGGAAUUGCCCACCUGCAGACGUAGGCAUCAUCGUCACAUGCUCACCCUUCAAGCAGUCUGGCCUCCUGAACUCAGAAACCAGUUGCGGAUUUCAGUUCGCAUUUGUGCCGCUCCAUGCUUCCCUGUUUAGUACGGGAACAGACAGCCCUACCAGCCACAGCCUCCAGCUCCAGGCAGCAUCAGAGAUGAAACCUUCCAUGACUCAGAUUCUCUUCCUCUUUUCCUCUCUCCCCCUCUCAACCCCCAAUCCCAUAUUCCCUAACAUUCAGAGGGAGUUCAUUCUCCUUGUUCUUAAAAUGGGAAAUUUAUAUAGGCAAGGGAAGGAGAUUCCCCAGAGCUCUGUCAGUUUAGUUUGCUGAUGGCUCUGUGCCCAGACUGCAGAUUGGAUGACCUGCCGUGAAGCCCUGGCGACUGCAGCUGAAUACAUGGAGUGGAGUGUUAGAUAAUUCUACACUCAGCCUUGUGGGGUUUUCACUUCUUCUCUCCUAUAUUUAGCUGACCGAACAGCUGGCCUUGGAAGCCUGUUUACAGCCUGGAAAGCUUCUCAUCACCAAACAGUGCUGCAUGUAACAAGCAAGCAAAGUGCUUGACCCUUUAAAAAAAACCAAUGUGGGGUUUUGCUAGGAUCCCUCAGAGGUGAUUUUGCAGGUGGACCCAGCGGGCCUUGCAAUUCUGCAACCGUGUGCCUUUGCUCAACAGAACCUGUGUAGUUGCUGUUAUCUCUCUGUUUUAUGAUUUGCACAGGCUGCCUAUGUGAUUCCUUAAUUUCCCCCCGCAAAAUGUAUUUAGUGAAGGCAAAUAGCUGGAUAAUAUGAACAUCAUCUAGUUAGUGCACAGAUUGCCUGUUGUUGGCAAAAGUCAAAAUGACUUGCUGGGAUUAGCUACAUGGAGAAGGAAAAAAACCUGCAGGAAAAAACGCCCGACAAAUCUGCACGCAGAUGGCAUAGCAGAGGUGUUUGUUUUUAAUCAUGGGGUGAAGAAGGGCACCCUGCUGAUCAACCUCUCUCCAUGCUAUUUCUACAAUUUUAAGAAUUGGUGGAGGAGGUUCCCUUAGAUGUCAAUUAAGCUACCAACCAAUCAAUGUCAUACACGUAUGGAUUUUCUUCCCAUACCCAACUCUAAGUUUGUAGGUAAACUUGACUAAGUCAAGUUUAAAAUUGCAGGUUGUUGUUGUUUAGUCGUUUAGUCGUGUCCGACUCUUCGUGACCCCAUGGACCAGAGCACGCCAGGCACUCCUGUCUUCUAUUGCCUCCCGCAGUUUGGUCAGACUCAUGUUUGUAGCUUCAAGAACACUGUCCAAACAUUUCGUCCUCUGUCGUCCCCUUCUUCUUGUGCCCUCCAUCUUUCCCAACAUCAGGGUCUUUUCCAGGGAGACUUCUCUUCUCAUGAGGUGGCCAAAGUAUUGGAGCCUCAGCUUCACGAUCUGUCCUUCCAGUGAGCACUCAGGGCUGAUUUCCUUGCGAAUGGAUAGGUUUGAUCUUCUUGCAGUCCAUGGGACUCUCAAGAGUCUCCUCCAGCACCAUAAUACAAAAGCAUCAAUUCUUCGGCGAUCAGCCUUCUUUAUGGUCCAGCUCUCACUUCCAUACAUCACUACCGGGAAAACCAUAGCUUUUACUAUACGGACCUUUGUUGGCAAGGUGAUGUCUCUGCUUUUUAAGAUGCUGUCUAGGUUUGCCAUCGCCUUUCUCCCAAGGAUCAGGCGUCUUUUAAUUUCGUGACUGCUGUCACCAUCUGCAGUGAUCAUGGAGCCCAAGAAAGUAAAAUCUCUCACUGCCUCCAUUUCUUCCCAAAAAUUGCAGGUAGGCUUGGUAAUUUUUGUUCCUUUUCUAGCAGGUCUCCUCCUGCUGCUAUGCAUUGUUUGUGUCUUAGUUGUGCCUUUUACCGCCCAUUACAUCUUGAGUGCCACCCUAGUAUUGCAUCAAGGGGCACUUUGUCCUAACAAUCUAGUUCUCAGAACCUAAAUUAUUAUUAUUUUUUAAUUAUCAUUAUUAUUAUCAAUUAAAUUUGUAUCAUCUGAAUAUUACAGGGUGGUUCACAAUGUAAGUAAACCUAGCAAAGAUACAGAGACUCUUACCAGCGGCAAUUCUCACUAUUGCACCUUUCUAAUAUUUUGUUUUAUCUAAAGAUUUUAUAUGCUGCUUAACUACAACACUCUCUAAGCGGUUUACAAAGAAAACCUUGAGGCCACCCAACCAUCCCUGCCAACGCAUGUACACCUAUGGCAUAACUGCUCACAGGGUGGAUUUGAUUUAAAUCAAAUCAAUUUAAAUCACGAUUUAAAUCACUAGCUAGUAAGACUUGAUUUAAAUAAUUUUUUACAGAAAGACUCAUUCUUUCUGGUAUAAUCUUGAUAUUUACAACCAGAUUAAGGUUUCAUUUUUGGAAUAAUAAAUUUUCAGAGUAGUUUUUACAGUUAUAUAAAAAUUACUGAUUUGGUUAUACUAUUAGAAAUACAUAGACUGAUAAUUAUGAAAUUAUUGGGAGGUUUAAUAAGUUAACUGUUUAUCAUUGAACAACUUUUCUGCUGUACUUCAUUGGAAGGAGAGAAAAACAAUCAUUUCCUUAAUAACAAUUUAAACAAUUUAUUUAACUAAAGCAAUAACAUUAUAGCAUAUGUAUCCAUGUUUGUUAACUGAUGUGGUUAAGCAAUUAAAAAAAAAAAGCUAGACUGAGUUUUAGCACAUAUGAGCAACUUGAACAAAUCCCUAUUUCCUGAUGAAUAGUAUUUGGACUAUAAUGUAACUUAAAUAGAAAACUUUCUUUAGAAAGAUUUUUCUUUCAAAAGCAUUUUAUUUUGAAAAUCCAAUUUACAUUAAAAAAAAUUGGAUUGAUUUUUGUUAGCUGGAAAUAGGUGUAAUGAAUCGUCACCUUGACAUUCACACUUUCUUUCUUUCUUUCUUUCUUUCUUUCUUUCUUUCUUUCUUUCUUUCUUUCCUCUCUCUCUCUCCCCCUCUUCCCUUCCAGGAUCAUUUUCAGAGAUUCAUCCCAUCUGGGGGACACUACGGAGUUGAUUCUCACGGUUAUUCACACAGCAGUGGGAGGAUGGUGGGCGGUGUAACUGUAGGGCAGUAUGGAUCCAGUAAACUGCAAUACCCUCCUGCUCCUCCUCCAAAGCCUGGGAGCAAAGGUGGAGCUGGAGGAACAGGAGGAACAGGAGGAGGCCACACCGAGGGAUCUGCCGGCACAGGAGGAGGCGGGGAUGGUAGCGGAGGAAGUGACACCACUGGCGGGAAAGGCAAGUAUCUGUGAGCACAUACACACACACACAUACAAGUUUAAGCGAGGAAAGAUGCCAGGGUUUUGGGGCUAUUGCUCCAGAGAUCGAAAUACGUGUUUCAGUUGAGCAAGAAGCAAUCCACAUCCUGCCUUUUGCAUUAUCUUUCCCAAAAUCUGGAUACCCCUGACAGUCAUAAAACAUUCAAUUGAUUAUGCUUCCUGGUCCAUUUCAGCACCAUGGAAAGAUGGGUUGGGUAUAAAAAAUAAAAUUAUUAUUAUUAUUAUUACAGUAUUAUUAUUCCUACUACUAACUUAUUCCAGCUGCAUCCAAAUAAAUGACAAUGUGGCACUCUGGUAAAUUCACGCAGAAUGGCACAACUUGCGUAAUUUAUUCUGAAUGGAGGCUUCCUGAUUCUUUGGUACAGAAUUUGGAUUUUGUUUGAAGCAACCUACUGUCACCUUUUGACUUUAUAAUUCAUAACAUUUAUCUGCCCCACUGGCAUUCUUUUAUGUGUUCCUCUGUUUUGCCUUUAAAAAAUGACCUAAAUAAUCUGUUGUUGUUGUUGUUGUUGUUAUAUUUCAGGUGACAGCAAAGGUGGAAGUGGGAAACAUGUCUCCAUUUUUAAGACCUACAUCUCUCCAUGGGAAAGAGCUCUAGGCAUGACCCCACAAGAGAAAAGUGAAUUCACAAUUGACCUCCUUUCUUAUGGCUCCAAAGCAGACCUCUGCCAUUAUAAAUCUUUCAACAGGUAAGGGGAAACUUUUGAUAUAUUGGUGGAGGCUGACAGUGGAUGGUAAGUAAGAUUGUUGUGAGUUAAACGGAAAAUGGAUUUGAUCUGGAGCUUCAGCAAAAGGAAGUAAGACCCUUGUAUUAGGAAAAAGACCCUUUCCCCUUAAAUGCAAGGGAGAUGAGUUCUUUGGUUAUUAGGGAAGCUGUGAGUACAAGACAAAAUAGCCAAGGUCUGUCGAUACUGGAAGUCCCUGUUUCCUGCCAAGACUGAAACAGGCUCCGGUUCCGCCCAUUGUGAGAAGCUAAGGGGUAGACCUGAACCCCAUGCAAAAUGGCAUUUUGGUUUCUUCCAAAUCGAUGAUCCUAUAAACUGUGAAGGGCUGAGCAGAGAAGAUGCAGAGAGUACACACACGAAGAAAGAUGGAAACUGACAGAGAGUUGUUACGAGGAAAACUGCGCGACAAAGUGGCAGGGGAGGGGAGGGUACAUUGAAUGUGGACAGUACAACAGCGGGGAAAGAUAUUUGAUUGUUUGUUUAUUCAGUUUCUAUACUGCCUUUCAUCUGGGGAUCACAGGGCUGAUUACAGAGGCGUACUUGGGGGGGGCGCACACGAAACUGGCCUCCACUGGGGGCGUAGGCCCAGGCCCCCCUCCAAGGAGUCACCUAUCAGACUGUGGAGAGUGUGACGCAUAUGUGUGUGUGCUGUUGUGGCAAGAUCAAACACAAGAUAAGGUUCCCGUUUGUCUCACACUGUGGCACAAAGGCGUGUGGUAAAGUGAUUUUUUUAAGGGAGAGAGUGCCGAUACAGCCCCUUGCCAAGGUUGCAAAAGACCCUAGGUACACCUCUGGUGGUUAACAGUAUAAAAACACAAAAAUACGUAACAUAAAGGUAAAGGUAAAAGGACCCCUGACCAUUAGGUCUAGUCGUGGCCGACUCUGGGGUUGCAGCGCUCAUCUCGCUUUAUUGGCCGGCGUACAGCUUCCGGGUCAUAUGACCAGCAUGACAAAGCGGCUUCUGGUGAACCAGAGCAGCGCACGGAAACGCCGUUUACCUUCCUGCCAGAGCGGUACCUAUUUAUCUACUUGCACUUUGAUGUGCUUUCAAACUGCUAGGUUGGCAGGAGCAGGGACCGAGCAAUGGGAGCUCACCCCGUCGCAGGGAUUCGAACCGCCGACCUUCUGAUCAGCAAGCCCUAGGCUCUGUGGUUUAACCCACAGCGCCGCCUGCGUCCCAACAUAAAGGUAAAGGGACCCCUGACCAUUAGGUCCAGUCGUGACCGACUCUGGGGUUGCUGCGCUCAACCACCACAAACAGUUUAAUUAGACAAAGGGGAAGAUGAAGUCCCCCCCCCCCAAAAAAACCAAAGGCGCCAAGCGACUUUCCCUUGGGAGAGCAUUGUGAGGCGUUGCUUUUCCUCAAUUAGCCGGAAGCAGAAUUAAAACAAUGAUUCCACAGGGCACGAUACUAUGUUAUAUUAUCUGGCAAGGCUUGUCCCCUUGACCAAGAUCCUUCUAUCAUGUGUAAAAAGGUAAACGUACCCCUGCCCGUACGGGCCAGUCGUGUCCGACUCUAGGGUUGCGCGCUCAUCUCGCUCAAGAGGCCGGGAGCCAGCGCUGUCCGAAGACACUUCCGGGUCACGUGGCCAGCGUGACGAAGCUGCAUCUGGCGAGCCUGCACCAGCACAGCACACGGAAACGCCGUUUACCUUCCCGCUAUAAAGCGGUCCCUAUUUAUCUACUUGCACUUAGGGGUGCUUUCAAACUGCUAGGUGGGCAGGAGCUGGGACCGAACGACGGCAGCUCACCCCGCCAGGGGGAUUCGAACCGCCGACCUUACGAUCAGCAAGUCCUAGGCACUGAGGUUUUAACCACAGCGCCACCCGCGUCCCACUCUAUCAUGUGUACUCAAAAGUAAUUCCCAUUCAGAAGAAGUCCUCUGCUUCUCAUUUCCAGUUUCAACCUCUAGUUGCUUUCUGUUCAGCACCGUACAGCAGUAGUAAUUAAUUGCUCACAAAGCAUUUGUUUCCCUUUUUCAUGGGGCAGGGGAGGCUUUCAUUUCUAUGUAAUUAAGGGGAAGCUCAUCACUGCACACAUCUUGAGCGACCUAGAAAGCAAUGAGAGAGAGAGGAACUCAAUGAGGACACUUCUAAUGAAAGGUACAGUAGCCCUGAAAGGCCUCAACAGCACUUUGCCAAUUCAGACCGGUCUUGAAAGACCUACAUUGGCUCCCAGUACGUUUCCGAGCACAAUUCAAAGUGCUGGUGUUGACCUUUAAAGCCCUAAACGGCCUCGGCCCAGUAUACCUGAAGGAGCGUCUCCACCCCCAUGGUUCUGCCCGGACGCUGAGGUCCAGCGCCGAGGGCCUUCUGGCAGUUCCCUCACUGCGAGAAGCAAAGCUACAGGGAACCAGGCAGAGGGCCUUCUCGGUAGUGGCACCCACCCUGUGGAACACCCUCCCAUCAGAUGUCAAAGCGAUAAACAACUACCUGACAUUCAGAAGACAUCUUAAGGCAGCCCUGUUCAGGGAAGUUUUUAAUGUGUGAUAUUUUAGUGUAUUUUUGGUUUCUAUGGAAGCUGCCCAGAGUGGCUGGGGAAACCCAGCCAGAUGGGUGGGGUACAAAUAAUAAAUUAUUAUUAUAUUAUUAUUAUCAGACUAGACCAGCUGGUGCCACAACUGCAUUUUAAGUGGGGGGAAGUUUGCCACGAAUUGGGUCUGUAAAAAGAUAGCAGGACCACACAGAGAGAGAGACACAAAAAGACUGGAAUGCUAAGGGUUGACAAUAGCAUCAUCAGACUUCUCUGUAAAAGGUGAGUGAAUGAAGGGGCAAAUCAGUUUAUAUUUGUUACAAAGCUCUGGUCUUCUAGGAUGCAGUCAUGUAGAAGAUAUGGGGUAAGCCAGACUGGUGUUCUACUGGGCACAACCACCUUCCCUUUUAAAUAAAAUUCUGAUUGUUAGACAUUAUGAUCAAACACAAUCUGUAUUGUGACGUUAUUAUUUUCUGAUUAUUGUUUUCUUCAACACUUUGAGAUGAAGCCUGCAAACCCGGUCUCAAUACAUUUAUUAACAAAGAUUUUGUCUCCAUGUUGAUUUGUUCAUACUUCCCUGUUUUGGAAUGUCUUUUUUGUCUUCUUUUUUUGGUAGUGUGGAACAGAGAAGGUGUUUUUCUGCCCACCGUGUCUCCAUUCCAAAUCACCCGAUUAUGCGUAGCUGUUUCUCAUUCCCCUGCCCUUCCUUUCCUUUCCAGGGUUCAGACGUGUUUUGCUUUGGAUAGCUGGGAAAUAAAGCUAAGCAUCUUCAUUAUCAAAGUAGUGGCUGGGUUGGCUUUGUCCCCGGGUCACGUAUAGCUAGGGCAGGCAUAGGCAAACUCCAGCCCUCCAGUUGUUUGGGACUAUAAUUCCCAUCAUCCCUGACCACUGGUCCUGUUAGCUAAGGAUGAUGGGAAUUGUAGUCCCAAACAUCUGGAGGGCCAGAGUUUACCUGUGCCUGAGCUACGGCUUCCCUAUGCACUGAACUGUCCCUGGUGCUGAGGCCAAAACCUUGAUUGCCAAUUCUACUUCUCCCUAGGACUGCAAUGCCGUAUGGGGGAUAUGAGAAGGCAGCCAAGCUGAUGACCUUCCAAAUGCCCGAAUUUGAUGCUGGCCCUUUGGUACCCGAACCUAUCAUUGUGUGCAACCAAGAAGUCACCAAUAGACCAUCUUUCAACAGAACCCCGGUACCCUGGCUGGGGUCUGGAGAGCCUACUGAAUACACCAUUGAAGUGAACGUGCCAGUUGCAGGUGAAACAGAAGAAUUAUAG